AUGGAUGGUUGACGGAUGCCCCGUCAAGCGCAUACGCCCAACACCUAGGUGACCUCCCACUGUCCCUGCUCAUCCUAGCGUCCUGUGUUGUGACUCGUAACUUCCGGGUUCAUAUAACGUUACCUUACCUACCUCAAGAUGCCUUGAUUAUUUUCUCUUCUGUCCAGGCUCGAAAAGUGCUGCGAACAUACCAACCUGCGUCUGUCAAGUCCAGCCGCGAUUGGUCCUAACCAAACUAUCGCCCACGCAAAUGCAGGUCAUCUGGUUGGUGUUCAAUCGAAGAUGGGGCAAGCUCAGUCGGGCGAGACGCCCGCUCGAUACUCUCACGAGGAGCUCAGCAAGCAGCUGGCCGACAAGUUCGCUCGGAAGUGCUUCACCCCUCUCGAGCUGUACUCGUUCAGGGACGUAUUCAACAGCCUUGCCGACCACGAGCACGGAAUCCGUUACCUGAAGGAAGAUACCAUUGCGCGCUUCCUCGAAAUUCCCGACGCCCUUGGCGUGUCCGCCGUGCUCUUCCAGAUGGUGUCCUGCCUGGGAGCGUUCCCGUUUCUCGAAGAUGCACCGGCCGUCUUGGGUCUGGAGCAAAUGAUCGUGGUCGUCACCCUCUUGACGGAGAGGUAUCGACGCGUUUUGGCCGGCGGUGCCGCGGAUCGUAGGAAACUGCUCUUCAGAAGCUUGGCUGUGUAUGACCGUAAGCUCUCCGACACCCGACCGACCGACGUGGGGAGUGCGAGUGGGGAGAGUGGCAGGAAGGGUGCGGAUCAGGACGACGGUGCAGCCCUUGCUACUUCGUCGCCUCGAGGGUUCGCCAUUGACGAGCCAGGAGACGACGACGGCGAUGUGGGUCCCGACGACGAUGACGACGAGCUGGUUCUCGCCGCUUUCGACUCCCUGGGUUACGUCGGCGCAUUUAGGCACGGGGGCCUAUCAACAUACCAUGGCGCUAUGAUCCCCGCGGACAACUGGCGGAAGCUGAUUAUGCUGCUCCUGCUGGCUGCACCCCUGGGUGCGCAGGAGAGCCUGUCGUCAUAUUCCAACCGCCUAUCCGGCGAAGAGCUGGACAGUUUGAGGUCAACGGCCGAGAGUGUGCUUGCGUCCUUUCUCAACGUCGAGCAGGUGCCCGGCAUCAAGUUUGCUCGUUUCGACAGGGUGAUAGCGGCAUCAAUGCCAUUCAUGUUCAAUGGUCUGACACCUCUGUUUGAGCACUUCUUGUUCUCGAGAAACCUGGACUUUCACCGGCAUAAGGACGAAGAACCUCGGCCGACCGCCCGACCGCCCGAGCUCGUUCAGCCGCUGCUGGAGAAAACGGGAUCUAUCAUGAACGCGAGUGUCUUGUCUCAGAUGUCGUUUUUUAUUCCAGGUUCCUCGCUUUUCCGCAAACUGCGACUCUUGUAUUCUGGCGAGGAGGACGGUUAUAGCAUGGGCAGUUUUGAGUCCAAGGUCUUUAACUGGAGGGCGCCGACCAUCCUCCUCGUCAGCGGCACUCGGCUUCCAGACGAGGCAGGCUACACACAUAAGGGACCCGCCUCCCCCUUUCUCGCCUCUUUACCUUCUCUCCGUUUCCCCCCCGGCAACACGAGCGCAGAUAGGGGCGAGACAUUGACAUUUGGGGCCUACCUGAGUCAGCCCUGGAAGCAUACCCACCGCGAGUGCUUCGGCGCCGAGGACACCAUUCUGUUCCAGCUCCGACCGAUCCACGAUGUCUUCCGGGCAUCCACCGUCAAUAAAGAUUACGUGUCGUUCACCAAGCCUUCAGCCUCCAUUCAGGUUGGAGGGAUAUCGUUCGGUUGCCCGCCGCCACAUCCUAGUCAAGCGUACCGGCGUUCGAACCUCAUCUCUCUUGGACCUGUCUCUCUUGCCCUGGAGGAUGGGUUCGAGUUUGGUUGCUUCACCCACAACUACACUUCGCAGGGCGGGGCAUUCCAGACAAGCGUUUCGAGGAGAUUUGACUUCCAGGAUCGCUUCGAGAUCUCGAGUAUCGAGGUAUGGGGUUGCGGUGGGGACGACGAGGCCAGACAACAGGCCGAGCGCUGGGCCUGGGAGGCCAGGGAAGCUGAGGCUAGGAGGAGGAUUAACCUGGGGACUGGCGACAUCGAAGCCGACCGCAUGCUAUUAGAGAUGGCUGGAUUAGUUGGGGGGAAUCGAAGCGGUGGCAGCAUGGGGUAGACAUUAACAGCCAUCGUCGGCCAGGUGGCAGCGCAGCCAUCCCUACCAGGCCAUUGCAUCGGCGCAUUGGUGUAGCGUCAUCCUCGCACUCCAAGAAUGUGAAC